CGGAAUCAUGGCUGCGGGAGCCGGCGCGGCGGGCCCUGCUUCCGGCCCGGGCGUUGUGCGUGACCCGAUGGCGUCACAGCCAAGGAAACGGCCCAGCCGGGAGGGCGGGGAGGGCGCGCGGCGGUCGGACACGAUGGCGGGAGGAGGCGGGAGCAGCGACGGCGGCGGGCGGGCGGCGGGCCGGCGGGCUUCGCGCAGCGGCGGGCGGGCUCGACGGGGGCGGCACGAGCCGGGGCUGGGAGGCGCGGCGGAGCGGGGCGCGGGGGAAGCGCGGCUGGAGGAGGCGGUCAACCGCUGGGUGCUCAAGUUCUACUUCCACGAGGCGCUGCGGGCCUUUCGGAGUAGCCGGUACCGGGACUUCAGGCAGAUCCGGGACAUCAUGCAGGCGUUGCUUGUCAGGCCCUUGGGGAAGGAGCAUACGGUGUCCCGGUUGCUGCGGGUAAUGCAGUGUUUGUCGCGCAUUGAAGAAGGGGAAAAUUUAGACUGUUCCUUUGAUAUGGAGGCAGAGCUCACACCCCUGGAAUCAGCUAUCAAUGUGCUGGAGAUGAUUAAAACAGAAUUUACACUGACAGAAGCAGUGGUCGAAUCCAGUAGAAAACUGGUCAAGGAGGCUGCUGUCAUUAUUUGCAUCAAAAACAAAGAAUUUGAAAAGGCUUCAAAAAUUUUGAAAAAAUACAUGUCCAAGGACCCCACAACUCAGAAGCUACGAACUGAUCUCCUGAACAUUAUCCGGGAAAAGAACUUGGCCCACCCUGUUAUCCAGAACUUUUCCUAUGAGACCUUCCAGCAGAAGAUGCUGCGCUUCCUGGAAAGCCACCUGGAUGACACGGAGCCCUACCUCCUCACGAUGGCCAAAAAGAACUUGAAAUCUGAAUCUGCUGCUUCAAGUACAGCAAAGGAAGAAAAGCACCCAGUCCCAGAGCAUGUGGAAAAACCACUUAGAGAGCCUCCAAGACAGCCUCGGAACACUCCAACCACCAUCGGAAUCAGGACUCUGAAGGCAGCUUUCAAAGCUCUGUCUACAGCACAAGACUCAGAGGCAGCUUUUGCAAAACUGGACCAGAAAGAUCUGGUACUUUCUAAUCUAGCAUCCCCAUCAUCACCAACCCACAAAAACAAGAGACCCAGGAAAGAUGAAAAUGAAAGCUCAGCUCCUGCUGAGGGUGAGGGAGGCUCAGAACUACAGCCCAAGAACAAUCGCAUGACAAUAAGCAGAUUGGUUUUGGAGGAGGACAGCCAGAAUACUGAGCCCAGCCCAGGCCUCAACUCCUCCCCGGAGGCCAUGUCCGCAUCACCGUCCAAGCCCAGAGCUCUCAACCAACCCCACACAGGGGAGAAGAAUCCCAAAAUAUCCAAAGGCAAGUGGGACAGCCGUAACGGGCUUGAAGAGAAGGAAGUGUGGAUGGAAGAGGAUGAGCUGUUUGAAGUUCCGGCACCAGUUGAGGACAAGUCAUCCAGUUUAACAAGAAAGCAGAAGUGGACCAUAGAAGAGAGCGAGUGGGUGAAGGCCGGAGUGCAGAAAUAUGGGGAAGGAAACUGGGUUGCCAUUUCUAAAAAUUACCCCUUUAUUAACCGAACAGCUGUGAUGAUUAAAGAUCGCUGGCGGACCAUGAAAAGGCUUGGCAUGAACUGAGAAAGGUGUUCAUUUCCACAGGAGUCAAAAGAGCUGUGAUAUCUUUCUCAGAAGCUGGACUGAGGUGAGAAUUGAGGGCGCCUCUUUCUGUACUGGGAGAGCCUGGGUACACCCCCAUCGCUGUUGUCGGAGAUCAUGAAGCCAAGAAGCGAAGCCGGGUCUGCCGCAUGUCUGCGGCAGGGACUACAGGCACGCGGCUUGUGCAGUGCCAGAAUAUCAUUAGCGUCUCCCUCUAGUGGCUUGCUUCAAUCUGAAUCCCCAGUAAUCUAUAGACCCUUCUAAGAAAUGAUGGAAUCCAUUAGGAGCAUCUGUGAUCCCGGGACCUGUCAAAACCAGCGAUGUGAGCAUUGUCUAGGACGAACUUAAUCCUCGCUGAGUUGGCCUCCGACUCAAGUACAAAGGAACUCCGUGUGCUGAGCCCACAGGAGAGAUUUUCAGUGCUUGUGAAAUCAGAUUCCUUUUAAAAACUGUUCAGCCACUCGCAUCAUCAGCCCUGGACCUGACUGCCCUGGCAUCCCCCGUUAAUGGAUGCUGGGCUACAUGGCAGGUUCAUCCUCCGAGCUUCUCGUGUGGUUGAACAAGUGUGGGUUUUUUUUUUUUGUUUUGUUUUGUUUUUUCUGGUAAAAUGGUGAUUGUAGAUAAGCUUAGACACCCCACCCCAUUCUUGGAGCCCUUCCUUUUGCUGAACUUCAGAAGCUUACAAACAUGAGUUGUUGGAUGCAACGCCUAACUCGCCCUCUGUGAAACGUUGCUUCUACAUUUCCCUAGUCCUGCUUUGUUCAUGCCUUGCCCUGAAAUCUGACAUGCCCUUCUCCUUUUGUACUGUGUUGUGCUUGCUGUCCCUCAGACACCCUUAAAGACUGUCUUUUUAGCAAAACAAAAAUUUCAGUACAGUGUUUUCUGUAACCUUUUUUUAAAUAUGAGAAUGAAGUGUUCCUACUUGUAGCAUUCUUCAUUAUUAAAGUCUUGCUUCUCUCAAGUUUC